AACGCAGGGAUGUGUGUGUAUGUGUAGGCAUCUAUACUUAUACGCACCCACUCCAUUCUGUUUCUGUUUCAGCAAAAAUAAUCAAGUCCGAUCAUAAGAUUGUCAGCGAGCAAGCACUCAAAAAGGUCCUUGUUUGUUGUUUCUAGUACCCCCCGUAUCCCCACCACGGAGCUGGGCAGCCAUGGAGCUUUCUCAAGCACUCCGAUUUCGAUCGCACAGAUUACCCUUCUCUCCCAUUCAACACCCUCUACAUCAUCAACAAAUACCCACUACGUCGAAGUUCAACUUCAUUCCCAAUCGUCCUUUCUCCACCACUAAACUCACCGUGUCAGCCAUGAGAAAGCCGCCAAUUGAAGGCUUAAGUGACGAGUUAAACGCCAUCGCUAGGCGCAACCUUGACUUCGCCUACACUCGCCGGCAGGUUCGUGAAGCUUUCAAGGAUGUGCACCAGGGGCUGGAUCAUUGCUUGUUCCAGGCGGCUCCUGCUGGGAUCAGAACUGAUGAGUGGUACGAAAGGAAUUCGAGGGGACUGGAAAUUUUCUGCAGAAGUUGGAUGCCAAAACCUGGCGUUCCAAUUAAGGCAGCUGUGUGUUUCUGCCAUGGGUGUGGUGAUACAUGCACUUUCUUCUUUGAAGGCAUUGCCAAGCGAAUUGCUGGAUCUGGAUAUGCUGUUUAUGCCAUGGACUAUCCUGGCUUUGGUCUUUCUGAAGGACUACAUGGUUACAUACCAGAUUUUGAUUAUUUAGUUGAUGAUGUUAUUGAACAAUAUAGAAGAAUAAAAGCAAGACCUGAGCUAAGAGGGUUGCCUCGAUUUGUAUUGGGUCAGUCAAUGGGGGGAGCAGUCACUCUCAAAGUUCAUUUGAAGGAACCAAACAAUUGGGAUGGAGUUCUCCUUGUCGCACCCAUGUGUAAGGUUGCAGAUGACUUGUUACCAUCAGAUGCAGUUUUGAAGGCAUUAACUUUUUUGUCUAAAGUGAUGCCAAAAGCAAAACUCUUUCCACAGCGGGAUCUAGCUGAGCUGGCCUUCAGAGAACCAAGCAAAAGAAAAUUGGCUGUGUACAAUGUUAUAUGUUAUGAAGAUCAAAUGCGUCUCAGAACUGGCAUGGAACUUUUAAAGGCCACACAAGAUAUUGAGGCGCAAGUCCAGAAGGUAUCAGCUCCAUUAUUAGUCCUUCAUGGAGCAGACGACAAGGUGACAGAUCCUAAGGUGAGCCGAUUUCUUUAUGAGAAAGCAUCUAGCAAGGACAAGACACUAAAGAUCUAUGAAGGUGGUUACCACUGCAUUUUGGAAGGCGAACCAGAUGACAGAAUUUUUGGUGUCCAUGAUGACAUUAUUUCAUGGCUUGAUGCUAGGUGUGCUGUAAAAAGUGUGGUUCAUGCUUCUUACCACUGAGCAAAUUCAUCAUUUCUAGUAUUUUGUCUCUGCUGCUGCUGCAUCAUCAAUAAUAUUUUGUGCAUGUUGCUUGUUUCAUAAUCCAUCAUAGCCUGCCUUCCUAUUCUCUGUCAUCUUUCGACUUUCAAGCCAUGCCUUCGCAGAUUUUCACUGAUUUAGUGUCCUGAUUAGUCCUAGCUACACUUCUUAUAUCGGAGUAGGAAAGUGAUGUGCGAUUCCAUUUCUAUAUAGUUUAGGGCUUUAAGCUUUAGUUAUUGUGUUCUUUUAUGGGACACCGCUUCAUGAUACCCAAUUAGUGGCUUCUAGCUUUUGUAUGCUUAUCAAAUAUUAUGUAAAAAGUAUAACUCAUACUGUUUAGAGCUCAUGAACUGUAGGGCUUGUAUAUUAUUAAUAUUGGAUGAAUUAGCUUGUACUGUUAUACAUC